UGGAAUGUUGUUUCACAAUGUAUUCUAUAUCUGAAUUACCAAAGAAUUUUUUUGGCUUUAAUGUCCCUUUAACAUAAAAAAGGUUAUGGCUUUUAAUAAAUGUUUUCAUUAAGCAUGUUUUAUUCGUAAUUCUAUUUCCAGAGUGGCAUCAAAACACAUCAAUCAGGAGUGAUACAGAGGAUGCCGAACUCUACAGCCACCUGAACAAAUCAAAUCCGAUCAGCACAGAUGAGCAAACGCAUUUAACAACACUAAUACCACCAUGUCAGAUCCAGUUACACUAAAUGUAGGAGGAAAAUUAUACACAACAUCUUUAUCAACACUCACCAGAAUUCCAGAUACAAUGCUUGGUGCUAUGUUUAGUGGGAAAGUGCCAAGUAAAAAGGACAGCCAUGGAAACUUCUUCAUUGAUAGAGAUGGGAAGGUUUUUCGACAUAUAUUAAACUUCUUGAGAUCUUCCCAUUUGGACCUUCCAGAUGAUUUUCAAGAAAUGAGUCUGCUGAGGAGAGAAGUUGACUUCUACCAGAUUCAGCCACUAAUAGAUGCUUUUCAAGAAAAAGAAGCAGAGUUGUUAAAAUCUGGAAAAAUUGUAAUACUCACAAUAGGUGUGGAACAAACGAGAAAAAGUAUAUCUGUCUGUGAGGAGUAUUUAGCUUUCAAGCAGCCAUACAACAUAGACGUACUUAAAGCCAACAUAUAUUGCACGUCCACUCUUUUCUUAGACCAGCUGAAGUCAAAAUUUAGAUACUACAUGAACGGAUUAUUUUCUGUUAUACCAAAUUCUCAAGGUCACCAUCAGCGCCUCAAUCUAGACUGGGUGGCAAACGUUGAUGGAUUUGAUGAGAAUGACUAUACAAAACUAAGGCUUGCUAGGCUUUUUGUUUCGCCAGAAAAGAUACAAAUUAAUAGAUCUCAGGAGUUUACAGAAGAACUUCUAAAAACAGCGUUAAAUUAUGGAUUUCAGGUUGUGUCCGCUAAGUCCCAAACAAUGAAUAAUACCUUCAUUAGACUGAUACGAUACAAGUAA